AUGGAUUCUUCUUCGACAGUCCUCACCAAGAUUGUGGCAGGGGGCGUCGCCGGUGUCUCUGAGACCCUCAUCACGUAUCCGGCCGAAUUCGCCAAAACCAGACGCCAGCUCUCCUCCGGCCCUCCGUCCAGCUCCUUCGCUCUUCUCUAUUCAACGAUAUCCCGGCACGGCUUUGGCGGCAUAUAUGCUGGCUGCGCCGCACUUGCACUAUCCAACGCAGCAAAGUCGGGCAUACGUUUCCUCGCCUUUGAAACGGCCAGAGCAAGGCUAGACGCCGCAGCCGGCACUCUGCCGGGACAGCCACGGUCUGUGUGGAUCAAUGUCGCGAGCGGGCUGACGGCGGGCGUCGCAGAGAGCAUUCUUGUUGUUACACCCGGUGAAGCAGUGAAAACUAAGAUGAUACAUGCCACCUCCAAGUCUCAUGACGGAGCAUACGCAGGCCGUAGCCUUGUUGGUGUGACCGCCCUUCUCGUUCGCAAAGAGGGUAUAAGGGCACUGUGGGCCGGGCUUGCUCCUGUUCUCUGCAAACAGGGCACAAACAGCGCGGUGCGGUUCACGACGUUUGCGAUGCUGCAGGAGCAAGUCGCAAAGUGGUGGCCUAAGCUGGACGGAGGAAUCUCAACCACCCUCGUCCUAGGUGGCGUCAGUGGAGUGGUCACAGUGUAA